AUGACAGCUAACAAACAACCGUUAAGUGCCGCAACAAAUCGCCAAAAAUUGAAAACUGUGGGAAUACCGCUCCGCGUCAGGGACGCCGCAAAAGCCACGCCGAGCUCAUACAUAGCUACAAAUCUCGUUUGCCCCAUGUGGGACGUGUGCACAGAGCGAAAGUUCAGAAACAUCGAUGGGGUUGCAUUCAAAAGAUUGAGCAAAAACUAUCUUAUGACUUGA